GGAUCUGCCAUCUAUAACUAUAGAGUUCUAACGGGAUUUAUAGGUGAUGCGAACGGAAACGUGUUCUCGUUUGAUCGGGGGAAGGUGCUCGGUGGCUCGACGGCGAUCAACUUCAUGGCGUGGGGACGGCCGGGGGAGAACGAGAUCGACGCUAUUGAGGCGCUGGGAAAUACAGGAUGGAACGGAACAGAGUUGUUUGCGUACAUGAGAAAGGCAGAAACCUUUACCACGCCUGACCCGGCGUACGCAGCGGCCAACAACCUCACCUUCAUUCCCAGCGCGCAUGGGCUCACCGGACCGGUGCACAACAGCUUCUCGCGAUUCAUCUCGGACGCCCAGAAGCCGUGGCUCUCUGCAUGUCAAGAAAUGGGUUUGGCACACGUCCAGGACGCGCUCUCCGGGAACGACGUCGGUGCUUGGAUGGCCCCAGCUGCGAUCGACGGGACGACCAUCACCCGCUCAUACGCUGCUUCCGCAUACUACGUCCCCGCGUCAAACCGCUCAAAUCUUGCGCUGUUGACAGGAGCUGAGGCCACUCGCAUCCUGCUCAAAAAGAAGGUGAACAAAAACGGGCUGGUCGUGGCAAAGGGCGUCAAGUUUGUUUCGGGUGGUCAGACGUAUCGUGCAAAGCUGAAGUCCGGCGGAGAAGUCAUUUCGUCCGCUGGCACAGUCAAGACUCCUCAGCUUUUGGAGCUCAGUGGCAUCGGCGAUCCCCAGAUCUUGAACAAAUUCGGUGUCGAAUCGAGAGUGGAUCUAGCCGGCGUUGGCGACGGCAUCAUUGACCAGGUUUUUGUCGGGCUCAGCUUCGUUGGCGUCACCGGGUUUGCUCUGGCGCCGCUGCAGACUAUCGUCGGGUCAUCCAACGCCACUGCGAUGAUCAAUGCCCAAGCGGACAAGAUUCGGACCGGCAACUACACUGCGGCGCAAAAGGAGAAGUUGAAUUCAAUUGUCGACGGACUGAGAGAGCCAACGCAGCGGGGCUUGAUCGAGUUUGUUGCUUUCCCUGGGUUCUUUACCUCUGCCAGCGCUCCGCAGCCCGGGAAGAAGUAUCUGACGCUCACCGUGAACUUGCAUUUUCCUUUCUCGACCGGCAGCAUCCACAUCGCUUCCUCGAACGCCAGCGUGCAGCCAGCCAUCGAUCCAGGGUACUUCAAAGAUGACUUCGAUCUCCAAGUCCUAGUUGAGGCAUUCAAAUAUGUCAGAAAGUUGGCUGCAACUGCUGGAUUUAGCGACUUGUUUGCACGGGAGGUGGAUCCCGGAGUUGCGGUGCAGACGGAUGAUCAGAUCCGCAAUUACAUCAAGAACCAUGGUGGUCCGGAAUACCACACUGUUGGCAGUUCCGCCAUGAUGCCUCGCAACAAAGGCGGAGUGGUUUCCCCUGAUUUGAAGGUCUACGGCACGAAAAACAUCCGAGUCGUCGACUUUUCGGUCUUGCCGCUGCAAAUCAGCGCACAUCCGAUGUCGACUCUGUAUGGAGUGGCUGAGAAAGCAGCAGACAUCAUUAGGAAUGUGCGAACAGUCUGAACACGCGAUCACGUGAUACGCACGGGAUGGAAGAAUAUGAAUUUUGUGUUUCUUAAGAAUCCAGACGUAGUGGGCCCCUCAUCACUAAUAUAUAUGUUGCCGUGG